GUACUAGACCAUCUGAUCUGAACUUUAAAAAAAAAAAAAAGAGGAAUUUCUAGAAAGGGGCGUAACCCCAGGUGAGCUUCUGCUAUGGAUUUUCAGUCCCAAUUGGAGUUUGCCUCAGCUUCAGAGUGGAAGCAAUGGCUGGGUUUUCACUAGGUUGGGGAAGAGGAAGCAACAACCAACAACAACAACCACCACCAGCCAACGAAAUUCCUCCGGAAAGCCUAUUCCUAUACAGAAACGACGAGAUCUCUUUCAACAACAACAACAACAACAACAACAACAACAAGGGUUUCGAGCUAUGGCAACUUCAUCAUCAUCACCAUCACCAUCAUCAUCAUCAACGGUUACAAGACAACAUCUACUCGGCGUCCGCCUUGGGUGUGGGUCCUAGUCGGGGUAAUAUUUCCAUCUCAGAUUCCGAUGAGUUGAGUUGGAGACCAAACACAGCCGCAGGAGAAGGAGAAGGAAUUGGGAGUGUGAGUAGAACGAUGAUGAGGCAAGGAAUUGGAGUGGGAGGAGGGAUGAGCUGCCAAGACUGUGGAAACCAAGCGAAGAAGGAUUGCGUUCAUAUGAGGUGUAGAACUUGUUGCAAGAGCCGAGGGUUUCAGUGCCCGACUCACGUCAAGAGCACUUGGGUCCCUGCUUCUAGAAGGCGUGAACGGCAACAACAGCUCGCCCCUAUUCAACAACAGCAACAGCAACAACAACACCAACACCAACACCAACACCACCACCACCACCGAGGAGAGAAUCCCAAAAGGCAGAGAGAACAGCAUCACAGUGCUGCUCCUUCCCUCGCCUGCACUCGUUUACCCACCAACACGUCAGGUAUGGAAGUAGGGAACUUUCCUGCAGAGGUGAACUCUCCGGCGGUGUUUCGUUGCGUGAGAGUAAGUUCCGUCGAUGAUGCCGACGAUCAAUAUGCUUAUCAGACGGCUGUGAAUAUCGCAGGACAUGUCUUCAAAGGUGUACUUUACGAUCAAGGUCCCGAUGUUCACCACCAUUAUGGUCCCGGAGAAAGUUCCUCCGCUGGUGGUGGUGUUGGAGUAAUUGGAGGAGGAGGAGGAGGAGCAACUCCUCGUAAUCUCAUUACAGCCGCUGCUACCACUACUGCUGCUGCUACAACAGCUGCAGCAAUGCUUGAUCCUUCAUCUCUCUACCCAACACCCCUCAACGCCUUCUUGGCCGGUACGCAAUUCUUCCCACCCCCAAGAUCUUGACCUUCCACCUUCCUUACUUAGCUUCUUCCUUCUCCCCCUUCUAACCAACCUUCAAUCAAUCACCCUUAUCUUUACAUUAUUCUCUACAAUCUACAUUGUUAGUUGUUGUUGUU